AUGAACAAAGAGGCUUUUGAAAGGCUUCCUCAGGAGAAGAAGAAGAUCAUAGAAACGGCAUAUUUUAGUGCUGUGAGAAAGGAGAUAUCUGCAUCCCAGUUUUUCGGGGUCUGCAAGGAGGCAUUGAGCAAGGACCAGUUUGAGAGCUUGUUUUCGAGCAGCACGGCGGGCAGGGAGCAGCAAGAGGAGAUGAAGACGGAGCAUCUUCAAGACAUUAUACAAUACUCCGGAGUAGACCUUAAGGAGGAGGCCGAGCACAUUGUUAGAGAGACUGAAACGAAUAUCAACUUCGGGGAAUACGAAGAAGAGGAUGUGAAUAACCACAUUGGAAGUCUUAUGAAUGUACCAUUGUUCAGAGAGUUUGUCUCCAGGAUUGGGAACUCGAGGAGAGUGGGUAUCAGCGAGGAAUCGUUUUUCCUUCUGUUUCAGGUGGCCAAGAGGAAGAUGCUUGACAUUGUGGAAAAGAUGGAGGAAUCGAGUAAGUGGAGGGUUGAGUACAACCUGUCUGAGUUUAUAAUAAGAAUAAAGAAUGACCUCAGCAGACAGCUAUGGUGUCUUGAGCAGAUAGAAAAGGCCGAGAUUGAAAAGUUCACCAUCAGAAGAGGAGAGGAAGAAGGAAGAAAGAAGGUGAAGAAAACAAUUCAGGAGAGGGAGGAUCUGGUUAUUAAGAAGAGGCUGAGCAAUACAGUUGCGCUGGCAGCCCUUGGAAUACAACAGAAGUCAUGGAUGAGUGCCGAGGAUGUUCGAGUAAGCGAAGAAAGCACAGCCUUCAACUCAAUCUACUCACCGUUUGACGAGAAGGCUCUGGAGAGGAAGGUGGUGAACAGAACAAUAACCAUGAAGGACUUUUUGUAUGUGCUGGAAAGAGACAGACGGUAUAGCAAGUCUGUUUUCACCAUCCAGCAUUAUUUCCGAUAG